AUGGCGUUAGUGCACACUCCAUCCGGAAGCGGUGCUAUAUGCACGGUACGCAACAAUGAUCCCGCGACCCCUGCCGAGUUGCAGCGCAGGCAUGAAGCAGGCUGCCUGCCGUACCCAAGCCAUCUUGCCCACCGACUUGUUGUCGCCCCCGCAGCGUCUGUUGUGCCGCCAUUAGCUUUUGAAUCCGCGGCUGCUAAGUCUCCCGAGGAGGAGCGGUGGAUGGAGGAACACCGCGCGGCCAACGAGCGGGACCAACAGCGGCAGGCGCGGUACGGCGCGCUCCUUCGCAGCCACCAUGUCCCCGUUGUGCCCUUUUCCACCUUCAAGGAGCGGCAGGGUAAAAACCGCCCCAUGAUUACCAGUGAGGAGCUCAAAGCAUGGCGAGAGCAUUCACGGUGGGGCGUGCGUGGCGACGACUACGUCAUGUGCAGGGACUUUCACCCUGGGCCUGGAGCGUAUCUUCACCGUGGUGGGUACCCCCCUUCCAUGGUCUCGCAAUCUACAGUGCAACUGGAGCGAAUCUAUAUCCGCGAUGUGGCACCCCUACCGCCACGCCAACUGCCUUCGUCAGAUCCGUCGCGCCGACUUCCGUUAUCGGGUUGCAAGUCAAUUGUGGCCCCCAUAUAA